UGUGUGUGCGGUUGCAAGUCAGAGAGGGACAACAAGGGAGGGAGAGAGAGAGAGAAAUGAGAGAGGUUUGAGAGCUCAAUGGGCAAACACAGUGUCCUGAUGUGCUAGUGCACGCUGUUUCUCUGGCAAGUUUUUGCCACCCAACAGGAUUCUUUAAGUUUUGGGUAGGAGUUGUCGUUGCUGCUCUUUGCAUGUAUGUUUCAGGUGCCACAGGUUCUUGUCCUCUUUUACCACCUCCAAAGUUUUCUCCAUCACUGAGUGUCUCAGAGGACGCGCUGUUUGUGGAGAAGAUCCAAGAUUCUUGUAACUUUUCUGCUAGCCACAUCCUGUUCAAACACAUCUCUCCUCUCCUCCUGUAUACCCUCCUCUGUCUGUCCUAGCUGCCUGCUCUUAUUCCCUGUUGCUCAACAGACUUUUACACACCUCCCCUCAUUCUGGCCCCAUUUUCUUCUUUUAGCUCUGCUCUCCUGUUCCCCGUCUCCUUCACCUGUGCAAGAAGGACAAUCUUGGUUUUUCCCAGAUUUCUCCUACGCUCCUGCUGCACCAUUCCCCCACUCUCCUAACCCCUCUGUUCCCCUCAUGGGCACCAUAUCAGACAGCAGCGCCACAUUCCCUUUGUCACUGAGAACCUCUCUCCACCCCUAACUGCCUUGCCAACACCAACAUCAACACGACUCAAUGGAGACAAAAGAUAUGAUGAUGAGCAUGCUGACAAUGGACAAGGGGGAGAACGAGGGAGAGAGGGACAAAGGGAGACAGGAUGCGGGGGGAGAAGAGGAGGGGACACAGCAGGAAAAUGGUAGACUGAUGCUGGCUGACGGUCUCGCAGAAAGAGGACCCAAGAGCCUGACCUCCGGCUCUGGCCAGCAGGUGUCCAACGGCUUCACGACAUCCACCCCUCAGAGCCCCAAGGAAGGUCCAGGAACCGCAGCUUGCGCUGUGGGUACAACCACCGGUCCUGGAGGUGGUACUGGGUCCUCAGUUCCUCUGGGAGGCCUACGGACGCUGGUGGUCCAACAAACCAGCUUGGACAGGCCCAGAGAAACCUGGAGCAAGAAGAUGGACUUCUUGCUGUCUGUGAUCGGCUAUGCUGUGGACCUGGGAAACGUCUGGCGCUUUCCAUACAUCUGCUACCAAAAUGGAGGAGGUGCCUUUUUGCUGCCCUACCUGUUGAUGGCGGUGUUUGGAGGCGUGCCUCUGUUCUACAUGGAGCUGGCUCUAGGCCAGUUUCACCGCAGUGGCUGCAUCUCCAUCUGGAAGCACAUCUGCCCCAUCUUCAAAGGGAUCGGCUUUGCUAUCUGCAUCAUAGCCCUCUACAUAGCCUUCUAUUACAACACGAUCAUGGCCUGGGCCUUGUACUACCUAAUAUCGUCGUUUCACCCCACCCUGCCCUGGACCACCUGCACCAACAGCUGGAACACAGCCAACUGUAAUCGCUACAUGUCCUCCGACCACAACGUGUCGUGGUCCAACUCCUCUACAUCUCCUGCCGAGGAGUUCUAUACUCGCCAGGUGUUGCAGGUCCACCUCUCUCCAGGUCUGCACCAGCUGGGCUCUGUCAGCUGGCAACUGGCCCUCUGUCUGCUCUUCAUCUUCACCAUCGUCUACUUCAGUAUCUGGAAAGGAGUCAAGACGUCUGGAAAGGUAGUUUGGGUGACUGCGACCUUCCCCUACCUGGUCCUGGUGGUCUUGCUGAUCCGUGGGGCCACUCUGCCAGGGGCCUGGAGGGGCGUUGUCUUCUAUCUCAAACCUGACUGGGAGAAACUGCUUAGCACUACAGUGUGGAUUGAUGCAGCAGCUCAGAUUUUCUUCUCUCUGGGUCCGGGAUUCGGUGUGCUUCUUGCCUUUGCCAGCUACAACCCAUUUCACAACAACUGCUACAAAGAUGCGUUGGUCACCAGCUCUGUGAACUGCCUGACUAGCUUUCUGUCUGGCUUCGUCAUCUUCACCGUGCUGGGUUACAUGGCUGAGAUGAGGCAGCAGAGUGUGGAUGCUGUGGCCAAGGAUGCAGGUCCCAGUCUGUUGUUCAUCAUUUAUGCAGAAGCCAUAGCAAACAUGCCUGCUGCCACUUUCUUUGCCAUCAUCUUCUUCCUUAUGAUCAUAAUGUUGGGUCUGGAUAGCACGUUUGCAGGGUUGGAGGGAGUGAUCACAGCUAUGUUAGAUGAGUUCCCUCAUGUCCUCGCUAAGAGACGAGAGUGGUUCGUCUUCGGCCUUGUGUGUGUCUGCUACCUGGGUGCUCUGUCCACGCUUACAUAUGGAGGAGCGUUUGUGGUGAAGCUCUUUGAGGAGUAUGCUACAGGCCCUGCAGUCAUCACCGUGGUGCUGCUCGAAGUCAUCGCUGUUUCCUGGUUCUACGGUACCAACCGUUUCUGUAAUGACGUCCAGGUAAUGCUCGGUUUCGCCCCAGGUUGUUUUUGGAGGGUCUGCUGGGUCGCCAUCUGCCCCUGCUUUCUGCUGUUCAUCAUCAUCAGUUUCCUGGCCUUCCCUCCAGAGGUCAGGUUGUUCCACUACCAGUACCCACCAUGGACCACUGUCCUGGGCUACUGCAUUGGGGUGUCCUCAUUCAUCUGUGUGCCUGCUUACAUGAUCUACCACCUGCUUAAUGCUAAGGGUACAUUCAAACAGCGUCUGUUAAAAAGCAUCACUCCAGAGCCCAGCAGUGACAACCACAGAGACUUCAUUGUCACCAAUGCAGUCUGACCAAACCCUGACCUAUAGAAGGGGCCACUCUAACUAGCUGGAGCGCCCUCUUCUGGGCAUACUGCAACACUACAGGACAAGGGGGCUACCUUUCACCGACUUUGCCUCUUCUCAUACACCUCCUACACUCAUUCUUCUCUAACCCACUAAGAUCUAGAAAUUGGGGAUGGACUUAGGUAGAGCCAGGCUGCAGUAUUUUAUUUUUUUUAUUAUUUUUAUUUUUUAGCUUGGUUUGAUCUGGUUUCUUAUGCUGGUUGAGUUUUGAAGGAUUUCUGUGAUGCUAUCUGCAAACUCAGAGUUUGAUUUCAGUAUUUUUAGCACAGUCUUCAUGUUCAUUCAGUGACCAACCUUGUAUUCAGGUUUUAUACACUUGUAUAAAGUACCUACAGUACAAUCUGUGAUCCUUUUGGUUUUUUAAUCUACUAAUACACGUCUCAGUGUUAGUAUCCUGGCGUGCGCUGGAAUUUGGAUUUUCUCUUUUUUUUUUUUGAUUUACUGUGGUUUACCCUGUACCAGGAGAAAAGCACCGCUGUGCAAGGCAGAUUUUUGGUUUUCUUUAUGACACAGUCCGUGUUCACGCAGACAAAACAUGCACUCAAACAUGAGACACUGCACAAUGAACUCAGUCAGAGAAGGCCAGGUAACUACAUUUCAGUCCACUCUUGCUGUCUGUGGUUGUAUUUCCAUGUUAUGCUGUUAGAAGUUAUGCAUUCUAAUAUGUAGCAAAAUUCAGGUAUCUUUUACAUCUGUUACUGAAGCCAAAUAUAUCUGUUCUGUUCCUGUUUCUAAAGAUGUUUCAACAUUAUAGCUGUUGUUCUGUUGUGUUGACUGUCAGCCUGCGUUGAUUUGGUGGCAUCUUAGACGAACGACAGAUUUGCAAUGAGGUCCUACACUGUGAAGCUCUGUCUGGUAGUAAAACGAGUGUGUGCGAUUGUGUGUGCAUGUGAAAGAAAGACUGUUAUGAUAUCCAGCGGUAACCGAAUCGCAGGCGGAACUAACCAUGUGUAUUCAUUCUAUAACUGCAAUAUAAGAUCUGUAUUUAUUUUAUAACGUGUAAGUGCUGUCACUUUGUCUUUCUUCACACUUCAACCAUUACAAGACGUAGUGCCGAUGGUCUUCGUUAAUCACAGUAAUAGAAGCCAAAUAUGGAUCAGAGCUAAUAACAUUAUCAGUAUCACAGUCUGAAAAUUGGCGUUACUGCUCUUUACUUUCUACCAAAAAACUUGUGCGUGUGUGUUUCAGAGAGUAUCUGUGUGUGUGUGUGUCAGAGCAGGAGUUAAAAUAUGGCGAGUACUGUACAUCUACAUGUGUAUUUGCUAGUCAGUCUGGUAUCGGUGUAAUCUAUCCUGUGAAUACCUGUCUCCUUCCUCCAUGGAUGUGUGAAUGUGUGUUUAGUACUUGUGUGAAUGUCACUGUGUGUGUGUGAGUGUGUGUGUGCGGUGUGUGGUUUAGAGGUGUUCAGCCCCUUUAUGUGUGCAUGCCGUGGUGUGUGUGUGUACACUGUACUUCAAUUGUGUGUGUGUGUGUGUGUGUGUCUGUGGUGUGAUCUCCUGUUGUCUUGUUAAAUGCCAAAAUAUCUUACAAGGAAACUAAACUCCUUCUCGCCUCUCUCUCUCGUACCUCUCGAGCUCAUGUAUGAUCUAUGUAUGUCAAUAAAAGACUGUAUUGAGAAAUACACUUGUAUAGAAUAAAGAUAUAUAAAUAUAUGGGAAAUAACAUAAUAAAGAUAUAUGGAAAUAA